AUGGUCAUUUCGUCGCAGGCAUCUGUUUGUACGAAUUUGGCUGUCACAUUAGUUGCCUUAAAUAGACUACUAUUGAACUUUGUGGUACUUUUCAGUUUACGAGGCGCGAAGGUAUAUGUUAACAGUGUAACACGGUUAAACACAGGCCUUCAAUGCUUCGAAGAUUAUUGGUACACAGGUUUUGAUUAUUGCUACUGUUAUAGCCCCAUUUUAGAUUCUUAA